CCUCCCACCAUCCCCACUCACAGCCUUUCCCUUUCCCCACAGCCCACACAGAGGAAGAUGGCGGGUGGCGUGGACGGCCCCAUAGGGAUCCCGUUCCCGGAUCACAGCAGCGACAUCCUCAGCAGCCUGAAUGAGCAGAGGAACAACGGGCUGCUGUGCGACGUGGUCAUCCUGGUGGAAGGCCAGGAGUUCCCCACCCACCGCUCCGUCCUGGCGGCGUGCAGCCAGUACUUCAAGAAGCUCUUCACCUCAGGGUUAGUGGUGGACCAGCAGAACGUGUAUGAGAUUGACUUUGUGAGCGCCGAGGCGCUGUCGGCGCUGCUGGAGUUCGCCUACACCGCGACCCUCACCGUCAGCACUUCCAACGUCAACGACAUCCUCAACGCCGCCACGCUGCUGGAGAUCCCGGCCGUCAGGGAUGUCUGCACGGAUCUCCUGGACAGGAAGAUUCUGGCCAAAAAUGACCAGAUGGAUACAGUAGAUCAAAUUGAUCAGAGGAACCAUCUCAGAGCAAAAGAGUACCUGGAGUUCUUCCAGAGCAACCCCGUGAACGGCCACCAAGGCAGCUUUCCGUGGACCAACCCAGAGUUGAGAGACCUUCAGAGACUCAACUUCCGAGGCCAAGAGGAGGAGGAGGAGUCCAACUGCAACGGCCUGGACUUCUACUCGCAAGGCACCCCAACCGAAAGACCAAAGGCAAGUGACUGUGACCCCGACAGCAACCCGGCCAUGUGGCUGGAGCGCGAGGACGAGGAGCCGGUCAGCGGCGGGAUGUUCUCCCCUUCCCAGAACGGACAUUACAGCAGCCGCGGCUUGGCCACCCCGGCAGAAGAAGAGGGGGGCACCCCCAGGGGCUCUCUGGAGCCGCAGGAAGCCGGGGACUCGCCCGGUUUUGUGGCCCCGGGCGCGGAGACGGAGGAUGACGCCAGGGAGGUGGACGAGCUGGCCGCCAGCGCGCUGCUGCAGCAAAUGAUCAACUCGGUGGGGCGGCAGCAGCUCGGAGACGACGAGCGCAAAGACGACGACGGCGUCAUGGAUUAUUACUUGAAAUAUUUCGGCAGUUCCAGCGAGGGCGAUAUGUACCCGUCCUGGUCGCAGAAGGUGGAGAAGAAGAUCAGGGCGAAAGCAUUCCAGAAGUGCCCCAUCUGCGAGAAGGUGAUCCAGGGCGCCGGGAAGCUGCCGCGCCACAUCCGCACCCACACCGGGGAGAAACCCUACGAGUGCAACAUCUGCAACGUCCGAUUCACCAGGUAC